CUGACUACCGACUGGAUACUGGAAUUGGAUCGACGACAAGGCCCAACAUCAUGGCUCGAAGCUGGCAACUCUGGCUCUCGCCGCGUCCGCUCGUCCGGACGGAUACCUCCCAUGAACCCACCAUCCUGGCGGCGAACGAGGCCGCCCGGUUCGAGUUUUUGCAAGAAGGGAAUCGAUGGGUGGUGCAAGAGACGCAUUACAUUGACAAUCCGAUAGCCCGAAAGGGGCUUUCAGGGCCGCAGCUUCACAUCCAUCUCCGCCAAACCGAAUACUUUCAAGUGCAACAAGGCGUCCUCGGCAUCUACAAGAAUGAAACCGAACACAUCGUGACGAAAGCGGAUGGGACUGUCGAGGUUCCGGCGGGGACGCGACAUCGAUUCUUCGUCCACGCAACCAGCCAAGAAGACGUCAUCUUCCGGGUCUGGGCCGAUCCCCAGGACCUGGACCACAGCUUCGACGAGAACUUCUUGCGCAACUUCGUGGGCUACCUGCGCGACUGCCAGCGACAGGGCAUCGCCCCCUCCCCCUUCCAGAUUAUCUUGUUUGGGAUGAACAGCGCCACCGUCCCCUGUCUGCCCUUCUGGGUGCCGAUCUGGAUUCUUCGCGCGGUGGCGUAUGUCUUGGCUUAUUGGGUUGCGGAGGGUUUGUUGGGAUAUCAGGCGAGUUAUCCGGAGUAUAAUCGUCGGAGUGGUGGUGGUGGUGGCAGGGGGAAUGGAGACAAUAACAAGAAACGGAUAUAA